CUUGAAAUAGAAUAAAAUUCGUCAAAAAAUAAAAUCAAUGAGAGUUGAAGAGAUUUCGUUCCAGUGAAGUAAUUAACACUUUUUAUGAAAAUAAAUUUUAGUAUAAAUUAAUUAAAAACGAUCGGUAUUCGCAGUACAAUACGACCAGCUGAUCAAACUGGGAGCACUUCAUCAUGCAAUCCGACCCCUGCAGCGAUAUUCCGGUUCCCAUACCACGAAGUGAGAUUUGUGACGAAGAAAAGAUGUGCGACGAAGGGAGAUCGCCUGUUAAGGAAGAACUCGAAUCAAAAGAAGAGCUAAAACUUAAGGAUUUGUCUAAACACAUUACAUCCACACAGAACUACAACGCAUUCGCGGAUAAGGAAAAGGGGAAAGAUGGAGUCAACAAAGUUUCCAGGGAAGAAAUUAAACCCAGUGGAGACGAACGUCUCGAGCUCCUGGUGAAGAGCGGAGCAACCGGAGGGCCAAGCAUCGUCAUCGAUAAUGACGAUGGAGAUGGCAAUUGUGACGGUACUGAUGGACUCAGUAAGACAUGUCCAGAGUGCAAGGAAGGCACGAUGGUCAGAAUGGGUCCAUGUUGUGGAUGCUGCACGUGCUGUAGACCGUUCUUCUCAAACCACAACGUCCUGAAGAUGCUCAUCAAGGGACUCUGCAGUCCAUACCUCUUGGUGGCCUAUGGGUUCAUUUACUGCUGCUGUCGCGGCAAACGCAUGUGCGAGAAGUGCGGCUACAAAGAAAAAUAGUAUAAAAAAACAUUUCUGCUGGACAAAAUAACAGCCGUACACUGAUUUUUUCGUAUGAUCUCAUUAGUCAAGAUAGACGUUGCAAAGUUAAAUAAAAUAUUUGUGAAACUAUUUCUCGACUUGCUAAAAAAACACCCUGAGUUAUAAAAUAAAUUAGGUAUUCGAUGAUUAUUUGAUAUUAAAGUCGUUUUGGUUGCGAAAUAUGAGAGAUACGAUACGGAGUUUGCUACCGUGUACUUGGAUAUCUACAGUCUCGACUCUCGAGUUCUACAGAACUUAAGUCUUACGGCUUUACGUUUCAUCGUAAUGUCACAAGCCAGCAUUUCUAACGUGAUCUACGACUUCGUAGCUCCGAAUCCGAUGCUAAGUGAUGUUAUCAGCACUCAGCUGUGCCGUUUGUUUACGCCGAGGCUUGAGCGUUGCCUUGGUUGUAGUGUAGUUGAUCGUGUUGAUGAGGGAAGACCCUGGGAAGUUUGUGGCCACUUGACAUAGCUAGCCAACGGCUGGGUUCCUGUUAAGGUUUUUAUUGAAUACGUAGUAAAAUAUCUGGAAUGAUCUUUGUAAUUCAUCUACUCAUUUGGAGAGUUUAGGUAGCUACAUAACACUAUGGUAUAAGUAUUAGGCCUACUCAUUUACUGUAUUAGCUAGCAACAGUUUAUUCAGAGCCCAUGCAAUGCAAGAGGAAGCAUACUCACUUUACUCAGAGGAAGAGGUAGAGAUUGAUCAUCUAACACAAGUUUAUCAAUUUAUUUUUUGGUACCUAGGCCUAAUAUUGUUUUGCCAUGGAGAAGGUGAUUGCAUUUUAAUGAUUUUAGUUUUAUAUAACAUUGUCAUUGUGAAUUUGUGUGUAGUUUACUUUACUGUAGUCAGUGUAGACUGUAGUGUAUUCUGAAUCCUGAUCAAAUUCAAAUAUCUAGGGUACCCUAUGAGGCUAUGGUAGUGGGGUAGUCUACUAUGGUCUACAAAUAUUGUUACUAUUGUACAUAGGCCAUAGCUAAUAGCUAUUACUUCUUUGAGAAUUGAGAAAAUGAUUUUGUAUAUUUUAGGCUUUGGAAAACAAUGUAAUUGAUAUUUUUAAUA